AUGGGCCUCUGCAUGUCCCUCAUGGGCCGCAACCGGCGGAGAUACCCCAGUAUGGGCAUGGGCGGUGGCUACGGCUACCCUCCCCCGCGCCCGCACUACGGUGGUGGCGGGGGCAUGCCGAUGCAUUCCUACGGACGACCCCACGGUCCUCCUGGCGGUGGCUUUGGUGGUCGAAGAGGCGGUGGCUUUGGACCCCCUGGUGGGAGAGGGGGAUUUGGUGGGGGAGGAAGAGGGAGAUGGUAG